UAUCCAAAUGAAUAAUUCCAAAAAUCAGUGACACGAAGGGAAUCUUUAACUUUAGUCCAACGGACGGAAUGAAAAGUGGAGAUUGCUUCCGAUCCUCGACAAGAAAAUUCUCCUUUUAUAUAUGUGGGAAGGAAUGAUCUCAUCUUCUUCCCAAUAAAAAGUGGGAGAAAUGAAGUUACAUAUAACACACGAAGAUAAUCCCCGGAAUUCUUAUGAAACCGUGUUGGAGGUUGUUGAAAGGAACAAAUUGGAACCGAAGCAUGGAGAGGCGGAACUAUUGUCCGAGUUCAUUAAAUUGUUGGGCAAGGAGAAGGAAGAAUGGGGUGGAGUGAAAGCAAUGACAGUGUGUGUGGAAGAGUAUCGACUUCAAGAGCCAAAUGUAAAGGACGCCACCUGUAACGACUUCGAAAGAUUUUUGUUUUCCCCCAGUCGUAAAGUGAUCGUUAUCAAAGGGGACGAAGGUUCAAUGACUAGCAAGGCGGUUAUUGAAGCAAAUCGAGAAACACGGAAGGUCCGUUUUAAGGAGCCAGACCAUCCAAGUUCUAGCAAAGCUGUUAAACAAGAUCUGCCAAAGGCUUCAGGUUCUUUAAAGGAGCCAGACCAUCCAAGUUCUAGCAAAGCUGUUAAACAAGAUCUGCCAAAGGCUUCAGGUUCUUUAAAGGGGACAGAUGAUCCAAGCACUAAUAUAGCGAUUAUUCAAGCUACAAAUAAAAAAAUACUAAAGGUAAAAAUCUAUAUGGGAACUGGGUGGGACACAGACUUUCCAAAGCUUCAUAGAGGUUCCUCUCCGGAUCUCUUUGUGAAUCUCAUGAUACAUGGUGGCAAGAUCCGGAAGACUGUCCACAAACGCAGUUGGACACCCAGUUGGGGAAAGGAAUUUGAGUUUCCGCUAUCUAGUUUGGAAAAUGAUGAGCUUGUUGUUGAAGUAUAUGACCAUACCCUAAUAUUUAAGGACAAACUUGCUGGUACUUUUCGUCACCGGGUGUCUAAGCUGCAACCAGGUAUACAAGCAAUUCCUCUAUCAGAUGAAGUGGGGAAACAGGCACGGCUGCUCAUGCGUUUUAUGUUUGUUUGAAAUGGAUCAGGCCUAUAUGUUACUUUUACUUUAUUGUUGUGUUUUUGGUGUGUGUGGUAUAGUACUUGUGAGUUGUUCCAUUUGUAACAAUCAAUACAUGGUAAGUAUUCUUGUCGUCAAAAGAAUGGUGAAUGUAUAGUAUUGUUACGUACUGGUGGGUUGUUCCAUUUGUAACCAUCACUACAUGGUAAGUAUUCUUGUUAACA